UGACUUAACCCAGUAAUUUCCCUCAGUGUAAUGACACACGUGUAAAUAAAAACACAGACAUAAUCACUGUCUGAUAUUAGCGCGCGCCCUUUAAAAACAAACUCAAAUCCAGAAGAACUAAACACACACAGGACGGAACGUCCAUUCGCUGCCUGGAAAAAAACGAAGUGUUGUUGAGUUCCCGCCCAGAAUGAGGGAAUGUUGUGGAAAGGCGCGUUUAGAGUUUAGGAUCAGAACUUAACUUGCAGGUGAAUUAUUUUCCGUUAAUAAUCUGUCAGCGCUUCUAUUUGGGUCCAAAAAACCUGGAUAUAGUUAAAAAUAGGGAUGUAAAGCGUUACGAAUUGGAAAAAGCGGAUAAUCCACACGUCUGAUCGUUGAACCUACAUGUUGGAAGUCUUUCAUUCCCAUAAGAUUGUAUUAUUUAUGAACCAUAAGAUGUAGGUGCAUCUCUCAGAUAAAUAACCGGUCCUACAAGAAUGAUGUGUGAAGUGGUGGAUCCCUUUUCCAACUUUCUCACUGGAAGCUGCUCAUAAACGCCAUCUGGUGUUCAAAAGAGUGGAGAGUAUGUGGAAAAUGGAUGGCGACUUUGAACGUGGAAUGAAUAAAGAUAUAAUUAAAUACUACAACCACUCGGGCAAGUGGGGAAGACCAAAAAGCACCGAUACAUGCAAGACAACCUUCCUGAUUUGCAUCUGUGCUCUGAUUGUGUUGGAGAACAUCACUGUACUACUGGCACUAUGGCGCAACAAGCGUUUCCACAGCCGCAUGUACUUUCUUAUCGGCAAUCUGGCACUUUCGGACUUGUUAGCUGGAGUGGCGUACAUGGUCAAUAUCUUCACCUCUGGCCGCAAGACUUUUUUCCUCACUCCUGGCCAGUGGCUUCUGCGAGAGGGGAGCAUGUUUGUAGCACUCAGCGCUUCAACCUUCAGCUUGCUCGCUAUUGGGAUCGAGCGCCACAUGACGAUGGUUCGCCUGCGGCCAUGUGAGACCGCUGGAAGGGGGAGGUUACUGGCUCUCCUGGGAGCCUGCUGGGCCGUUUCGGUCCUGCUGAGUGCUUUGCCCAGCUUUGGCUGGAACUGUUUAGGCAAAAUGCACACCUGCUCCACUGUCCUACCACUGUACGACAAAAGCUACAUAGCCUUCUGCAUCAGCGUCUUCACGGCCCUGCUAGCGGCAAUUGUGGUGCUAUACGUGCGCAUCUACCAGCUUGUGACGUCCAGCGGGCGUAGAGUGAGUUCCCGGCCAUCGGAUCGCUCACUCGCACUUUUACGCACAGUAGUGAUAGUACUAGGGGUUUUUGUGGCCUGUUGGUCUCCUCUUUUUCUACUACUGCUGCUGGAUGUGGGAUGCAGUCCAGAGCGGUGCCCGGUUUUGUACCAGGUGGACUGGUUCAUCGCUCUGGCGGUGCUCAACUCCGCCCUCAACCCUCUCAUCUACACAUUUUCAAGCCGUGAGAUGCGGGCCGCUUUCUUUCGCGUGCUGUGCUGCUGCGAAACGCCCCAGGACUCCAUGCCUACGGUGGCAGGGGGGGCGCUCCCAGGAAUAGUUAUUCCAACCGCGGAGAACAGCAAAUCAAGCAUGGCCGGGGCUGGUAGCGGUGCAGCAAAGUCCUCCCUGAUGCAAAGUAAAGUUCCUACCCCAUCAAACUCCCUCUAUCAGCAUGGGGACACGUCGCCACCAGCUGUCACACACCCCUCUGGGCCAGGUGACUUGCUGUCUGCGGUGCUGGUUAAAGCUGGGGCGCUUCCCUCGUUGGGAAAGUUUUGAAAAAGAUACUACGGGAGUCAACACAAAAGAGCGGGAAUUUGUUAUUUCCCAAGAUGUUUGGCCACUGUUCCUGUGUAAUUAUGUAGCGUUCUUCAGCUCUCUGAGGAUUACAAACCUGGAUUUGCUUUCAUACAAAAGACAAUGAAAUUUAAAAGGUACAACGGACUCAAUCACAGAGCGAUUGAACAAAUGCUGACCAAAGGAUACACUAACUGAAUUUACUUCUACAUGUAUUAAUAUUUAUGAAACUGAGCAUGUGCUUUGAGCACAUAACAUAGAGCCACUACACAAUGUAAUCACUUGAAAAGCUUAGGUGUGCAAUCUUUUCUAUCAAAAUAACCCAAUUUGUAAAAUGGUAUAUUAGCUUUUCAUGAAGCAAAACGCCUUAACAGUAUUAUACUUAUUAUUAUAGUACUCCGUGUGUAAGACUGACCUUUAACAUAUUCUCACAGUUCAUUACUAGACAAAAACAUUUUGAAUAGUUUGCUAUUCUUAUUUAUUACACAAGAUAUCUGUAAUACUCAUUACACAUAAAUUGAGUGUUUUAAAACAGACUGUGGAUGUGUACGGUUAAUAUUCUGUGGAUCGGUUUAGAUGGCAGAAUGUAAGAUGAGGUGGUUUCGUUGUGAAUGUCUUGAAAUUGUUUAUUUUUUUGCUCAAUAGUACUUGUUAACUUACAUUAAACUAUCAAAAAAAUGUAAGUGUUAUUAUGUGUUAUUUAGUGUGAAACAACUCAAUCUAAUAUUGAGAUUGCCUUGUAAACAUUGUCUAUAACCACUAGAGGGAGCUGUAGCAUCACGUUGAGAUAUUUGCUCUGCGCCACAGAGCAAAUGUGAAGGCAAUGGACACACAUUUUGUCUAUGAAUACAGUCAAGCACUAUAAUUUACAGAUGCAUCAUGGUAGGCUCUUUAUAAAUGGCUCUGCCUGUAAAAAUCAUGAUCAAUGGCACCAAUCUUUGAGCCAUACAGAAGUAAAUUCUAACCAUAGAGUGCUAAUCUUAAAUCAUUAUAGAAAACUUGCCUUAAGGUAUAUUGCAGCUUCAUGUCGACAGCACUUGCGGCAUAUGUUGAAUAGCAAAAAAGAAAAAAAAAAGUAUUUUCGACUUAAUUUUGAGCCAAACCUGGGUUGCAAUGAGACACUCACAAUGGAAGUGAAGAGGGCCAAUCUGUAAACAUUCAAUACUGCCACAAGAUAAACAAUAUGCAUGUUAAGAUUUAAGUGUGAAAUAAUCGCUUACAUAUUCAGUGUGGUUAUCGAAUUUGACAACUUUGUUGCCAUGACAAUAAAAUAAACGUAAC